AUGUUGUGUAGGGAGCGGUGCGACAGCUGUAUGAUAAUGAAGUGAAUCUGGCGCCCUCCUAACAACAGUACUGAGCAUGCGUGGAGUUUUGCACCUGACGUCAGCCUGGCUGGGGCGGUACUAUGCUAAAUGGGAGUUCAUGCCUCGCCAAUCUCUGGAGGACAAGUAGCUGGGAUGGCAGUGGGGUGACUCGUGCCCCACCAAUCCCUGAAAGAAUAGCAUACUGUUGUGUAUAUAAGCCGAGCGGCUUUGCCGCUCGGCGCGGUAACACUUAAAGCUGUAACACUUGGAGCUGUAACACUUGGAGCUGUAACACUUAGGGCUGGCUGCCGCCGCCUCCCUGUAUCAACAAAGAAGGUGUCCUGCAGUAAAGGCUGUUGAGAAGAAUCCAACCGUGUUGCGUCUUCCUUGCCGGACGAGGUGGGCGCGACAAAGUGGUGGCCCGUACGGGGACGAGGACAUCCUCGUGGAUCUCAGAACUCUUCAGCUUCAGGAGGAGCGACGUCGGAAAAGUUCCCGAAUCAAGAAAAUCCAAUUUGGGUACCUGAGCGCUUGACUCGAAAAUUGCCUUCUGCUCUUCCUGAAGAUGAGACUAUGAACCCUACUAUUGCUACUGGGAAUGAUAAUACAGGUUAAUUCGAUCACCCUGUGGGCUAUUGCCAGAUCCUGGCCAGUACCCAUGCCAGUCCAUAGCAAUUCUACUGUUUUACCAACCUUUUUCUCUACCUCCUGUUUGCGUGAUGUUCCUUGUAUAGUGCCAACUGGAGAAAUGCCCCAACGGUAUGCCGCCACUAACGUUUCUCUGUUGCAUACCUUAUGUUUUACCAUUAAAGACUCUUCCUUGCCCUGUAUUUGGUUGCAUAGAGCCACGUUAGCUAAUUGGUUGAAUCCUAUAAGUGACAGCACAAUGAACACCGGGAUCAUCCUGGCUGCUUUGAGUCAAAUUGCCCAGGGAGUCUCUUCACCCAGCGAGGACAUGUCAGUCGAUAGUUCUGCUGAUCUGAACAUUACAACACUAAUUGUGAUGCAUAAUUGUAGUGUUCCAUCACGCCCAGGACAAGGUAACUAUGCACAGAAUAGCUCUACCCGUCGUAGAGUCUUACCCGCUUGCCCCCCGCAUCAAGAGUUUCCACCUAAUUUUACCCCAUGUCAGAGUCCAUUCCAUAGAACAAAACAAUUCCUACCGGGAUUUGAAUUUUCCCCUCCUCUUGGCCAUGUACAGUAUGACUGGGGGGAGAAUAAGACUGGCAAGCAUAAUCUCUGGCCUUGGUUUCAAUGGGUGCUGUCCAAUGAGCAAGGGGCAUAUACAUCCCUGACUCCCUUUGCUAGGUUGAUGGGUGAGAACUUCACGCUGUAUAAUGUUUCGGCUACCAGAAAAAAUGAUACCAGGUUGACCAAUAUUCAAUAUAAUAACCUUUUGGAACAUAAUACUGCCACUAGUACUUCAGUAUGUGUUAGAUCACCCUUUUUCUUUCUGAUAAGCACUAAUGUCAACAAUGGUGUUUUAAAUUGUAAUAGCUCUGAUGUAGUCUGCUAUUUAGCUGAAUGCUGGGAUGGCAACAAUGACACCGCAGUGAUGGUCAAGAUUCCCUCCUUUGUGCCAAUCCCAGUAGAGGCAAACCCAGAUAGUUUUCCUAUUCUCAAUUUGCUGAGAACCAAAAGAGAUUUUGGAAUUACGGCAGCCAUAAUUUCAGCCAUCGUGCUGUCUGCUGCCGCAGCUACCACAGCUGCAAUUGCUAUGACCAAUCAAAUACAGGCUGAGACUGUCAAUCAGAUUGUAGAAAGAACUGCAAUGGCGCUAGAGAUACAAGAAGAAUUUAAUACUCAUUUGGCAUCUGGCCUUCUAUUAGCCAAUCAAAGGAUAGAUUUAGUUCAAGAACAAAUUGAAGCACUGUAUCAUAUGACACAGCUGUCUUGCGUUUCCUCCCUAAGAGGUUUAUGCAUUACUCCUUUGCAAGCCAACUUUUCUCAGCAUUCUCAACAGAGCAAAGAAAUCUCAAAUUAUCUGAUAGGAAACUGGUCCAUGAAAGCAGAGCAACUAUCCAGACAAUUGCUGAUGCAGAUUGCUGUCCUCAACAGCACUAGGCUGGACCCCAUCACAAUUGAAGACUUUACCUCAUGGAUUACCAAUGCUUUCUCCUUUUUUAAGGAGUGGGCGGGCAUGUUUGCCUGGGGAGCUAUUGUCCUCCUGGGAUGCGGAGUAUGUCUCUGGCUUAUUGGCCGUUUAAAAAGAGAACAUGCCAGACACAAAGCGGUUGUUUACCAGGCUAUGACUGCCAUUGACAAUGGUGCUUCUCCCAAUGUAUGGCUGGCCUCUUUGAAAGAUUAAGAGUUUGCCCUAGAUCAUUUUUGUCACAGUCAUGUGGGGUCAUUGUAUCCAGGGACGGGCAACAUUCCUCGAGCUCAGACCAACCUAAGACAUGGGGCCCGGUGGCGAUAGGGUGACCCAACGACGGGUAAGGCCGAGUCAUCGUCAGGAACGACCUAAGACAGGAGCAAUGACAAGAUUGACGUGACACCCAGAUCUAGACCAGUCAUUUUAUUAAACAAAAAAGGGGGAGAUGUAGGGAGCGGUGCGACAGCUGUAUGAUAAUGAGGUGAAUCUGGCGCCCUCCUAACAACAGUACUGAGCAUGCGUGGAGUUUUGCACCUGACGUCAGUCUGGCUGGGGCGGUACUAUGCUAAAUGGGAGUUCAUGCCUCGCCAAUCUCUGGAGGACAAGUAGCUGGGAUGGCAGUGGGGUGACUCGUGCCCCACCAAUCCCUGAAAGAAUAGCAUACUGUUGUGUAUAUAAGCCGAGCGGCUUUGCCGCUCGGCGCGGUAACACUUAAAGCUGUAACACUUGGAGCUGUAACACUUGGAGCUGUAACACUUAGGGCUGGCUGCCGCCGCCUCCCUGUAUCAACAAAGAAGGUGUCCUGCAGUAAAGGCUGUUGAGAAGAAUCCAACCGUGUUGC